UGUAUCUCCAGUUGGACAUUCGAGUGUGGGUAUCAGGAUUGCAGAUGCAUCAAAUUCAUCCCUGGAUUUUGAGUUCAGGUCAACAACCCCUUCAGGAUUACUCGUACUUUACUGCUCAAGGGAAGAGAAGCUCUUAUCGGCUUCCAGUCUCACAGGUCGAUUCACGUUCAUGUACCAGUUCGGCGGGUGUGCCUGAGGAUCGUCGCAUUCGAGCCUAUUUGAAGAAAUCGACACGCUCCAUGGCAAUCAUUGGACGCUCAUGUGGCUCGUCGUUGAAACUGUUCGGAUCCCAGCAGCCUGGUGUUGUGGAGGCCAGGAUGGCUCGCGUUCUUUCGCGCGCGAAGUUCAGUUCGCACGUAGACGAAGCCAGGCCGCGCGUGCUGGAUGCGAUGCUCAUACCAACCGCCUCCUAUGGACGCUCUUGGCACAUUCUCUAUGUUCAUUUCCCCAAGCGGAUUGUCAAGCCAAACCGCAGCGAGGGCCUGCUAUACUGCAGUACGCGGGGCCGACGGGUUGUUUCACCCGUACGGCACGCGAUACAGUGACGACGCGAGCAUAAAAAGGGAGCACGACGUUUGACUGUCACUCUAUCCAGCCCCUACCGUCUAUUCACCGAAGUAUGUUCAAGUUGACCAAGUUUGUCCUCCUAGCCUCGGCGCUCGGCAGCAUCCUCGCUGCUCCUGCCCCUGACGGCAAUCCCGUCGCCAAGAGGUCGACCACCCUCAACGGCCAGCUUCCCGUUACGGAGACGACGUCGGUCACCGGCUCGAUUGUCACCGUCACCGAGGGCGCAUCCACUACUCCUGGCGGAUCCAUCAUUAGCAUCACCGAAGGCGGGUCGACCACCAACCAGGUUACCACCGUCACCGUGCACGAAACAACGGCGACCACCACUCCUGGCGGAUCCAUCGUCAGUAUCACUGAAGGCGGAUCGACCACUAACCAGGUCACUACCGUCACCGUGCACGAAACGACGGCGACCACCACUUCUGGCGGAUCCAUCGUCAGUAUAACCGAAGGCGGAUCGACCACCACUCCUGGCGGGUCCAUCGUCACUAUUACCGAGGGCACGUCGACUACCAAUGCCAUCACCACCAUCACUUUGGAUCGAUCUCCGUCGACCACCACCCCCGGUGGACCUGUCACCACCAUCACCACAUCCGUGUAG